AGAGAUUUCUGUUGGCCCACGGUCUGCGCGGGCUUUAGUGGGGUGGAGCCAACCAGUGGGUAUAAAAGACACGGCCUUGGCGCUGCCAGCAAACUGCCCACGACUGGGAGCGCAGCGCGCCGACUGAGAGGACUCUUCAGAGCGGUUGUGGUGGAAGGAGACAGCAAGGAGCUGCGACACUGAGUCGGUGGAAAUUCUGGAUACAUUGACAAGUUUGAGAAAGUCAUCCUGGGAUCCCAACAGAACCAGGUCCUUUUGUUUGUAGACGUUUUUGUCAGCAGCUGCCUUGUCUUCCCAGACUCACCCACACCGACUCAGGAGUAAGGACCCCAAUUUCAAGUCUUCCGCUGGAAUGAAUUUUCAUAGCAAGGAAAAUUGUAGGAUGAACAUGUGGCCAAAAUCCACCUCCCUGAGCGUGAAACCGUUUAGCACAGACUUGAUCAUUGAUGCAGGAAAAGUGACUCUUGGGGAAGGAAACAGGAAAAAAAUGAAUUCCUCACAGAGAGAGCAGGAGAGGAAGAAGCUUGCACAGGCUGCAUGUGCUCUUCUGAACUCAGGAGGAGGAGUGAUUGAAAUGGAAAUGGCCAACAGGUUUGACCAUCCUGUGGAGUUGGGACUGGACUUGGAAAGAUCGUUGAGAGAGCUUAUUCAAUCUGAUUUUCAAACUUUCUUUGAGACCAACCAAAAAGGGGGGCACUUUUACAUUUUUGUCAAAUCCUGGAACUGUGGCCCUUUCCCUGAAGACAGAUCUACUAAGCCUCGCAUUUGUAGCCUGAGUUCUUCCUUGUUUCAGAGAUAUGGUACUUCUGUGCAUCUCCUGGAAUCCAGAGACGCGUUUGAUUUUCUGAAGACCAAAAUAAGAAAUAUAAAAUGUAGUCUGAUUAAUGAGGGAGCUCCACCUGCUAAAAUGCUCAGAGCUGUGCAUCAAAACAGCUCAGAAAGUCAUGCUUUCCAGUUGUUCAACAGCGAGAAGCUCGAAUAUGGUGCUGUCCUGCCUUUUCCUGAAUCUGAUUUUAUAGAGUUUAAACAAUUUUCUACGAAAAGCUGCCAAGAAUAUGUAAAAGAUAUAAUUCCCAAGUACAUCUCUGCAUUCGCAAACAGUUGCGGAGGCUAUCUCUUCAUUGGAGUGGAGGAUAAUAGUAAGAAAGUCAUGGGAUGCCCAAAAGACAAUGGUGACCGGAACUCUUUGGAAAAAGUGAUUGCAGAGGCAAUUUCCAAGUUGCCCAUUGUCCAUUUUUCCUCUUCGGAAGCACGGGUGUCCUACAAGACCAAUGUCAUCGAUGUGUUUCGCGAGGGGGAGUUGCAUGGCUAUCUCUGCGCGAUCAAAGUAGAGCCAUUCUGCUGUGCCGUGUUCUCAAAAGCUCCCAACUCAUGGAUGGUGGAUGAAAAGAAGGGCGUCUACAGCCUGACCAGUAGGGAAUGGGCAGACAUGAUGACAGAUGCUGACCCAGGGGCAACGUCUAAUCUGCCACCAAACCGCAGUCUGUCUGACACUUUUGAAUGUCAGCUGAGCCUGUAUGACAGUCCUCCACGCUGCAGACCUGUGUAUUCUAGGAAAGGACUGGAACAUAAAGCUGAUCUCCAACAACAUUUAUUUCCAGUGUCACAAGGGUGUUUGAUAUAUACUCCCAAGCCCCUCUGGGAAGAGCUGUCCUCGCAGCAUGAGGGACUGAGGGACUUACUAGAGGAACAAAUGCGUCCUUGCUCCUGUGGAGUGCUGAUCCUCUCUAGAAGCUGGGCUGUGGACCUGGACUUGGAAGAGAAACAGGAGGUCAUCUGUGACGCUCUGCUUAUUGCACAGAACAGCCCCCCCACCCUCUUCACGGUCCUUGGGGAGCAGGAUGGCAGGGAUCAGUACUACUGCACCCGCACCGCCUUCACUCUGAAGCAGAAGCUGGUGAACAUGGGUGGCUAUCCUGGGAAGAUACGUGUCACCACCAGGAUCCUCUACCUGAGUCCCAAGAGCAGCGCCCAGGCCCAGCAGACAUCACGCUGUCCCAUAGACUACCCCUCGUCCUAUAACCUUGCGGACACCCAGCAAAUGGAAGCCUUGCUGCAGGCCCUCGUGAUUGUCUUACUCGGCUUCAGAUCUUUCUUGAGCGAUGAGCUUGGCUGUGAGAUUUUAAAUCUGCUCACAGCCCAACAGUAUGAGAUCUUCUCCAAAAACCUCCACAAGACCAAAGAGCUAUUUGUCCAUGGCUUGCCUGGAUCAGGAAAGACGAUUAUGGCCAUGAAAAUCAUGGAGAAGAUCAGGACUAUGUUUCCCUGUGAGGCACACAGAAUUCUCUACAUCUGUGAAAACCAACCUUUGAGGGACUUGAUCAGUUCACAAAACGUUUGUCAUGCCGUGACCCGGAAAACCUUCAUGAUGCGUAACUUUGAAGAGUUUAAGCACAUUGUCAUUGAUGAAGCCCAGAAUUUCCGCACUGAAAAUGGGGACUGGUACAAGAAGGCAAAGGCUAUCACACAAAGAGAAAAGAAUGAUCCAGGAAUUCUCUGGAUCUUUCUGGACUAUUUUCAGACCAACCAUUUGGAUGAUAGUGGCCUACCACCUUACUCAUGCCAGUAUCCAAGAGAAAUACUCACAAAGGUGGUCCGCAAUGCAGAUAAAAUAGCCAGCUACCUGCAAAAUGUGAUGCAGGAAGUUAGAAAAAACCCUCCACCCAACAUCUUUCCUGGGUCUCUGGAGCUGUUUCAUGAGCCUGAACAGGUUCAGGGUGUUUCAGGUAUCUUAGAGAUCAUGUACUUGAAUUUGGAGAAGAUGGUGUUCUUUGUAGCAAAGAAGUGCCAGUUGCUAUGGAGGAGUGGCUAUUCUUCCAGAGAUAUCGCUGUGCUUUUCAGCACAACAGAUGAAAUGUACAGAUACAAGGAUAAGUUCCUAAGAGAAAUGAAGAAGAGAAAAGUGUCUCAGGUCAACAAUGAAUCCAGCUUCACUAACCUCAUGUUUGACAGCGUUCGUCGGUUUUCAGGCCUGGAAAGAAAUAUUGUGUUUGGCAUCAAUCCGCAAACAGCUGACCCAGCCAUUUCCCACAAUCUUCUGCUAUGUCUGGCUUCCAGGGCCAAGAAACAUCUGUAUAUCCUGUAUCUCUCUGAGCCAUAGGAAGAGUGAUAAAAGUAAUAUAAAAUUCUUAUCAUGUAGUUUCAGAGAAUGAGCGACUAAGCAAAAACCUAUGACUGGGGAGGUCUUAAACCCCCCAGGGAAGCUACUACUACUGUUGUCUAGCUAAAUGGACAUAGCAUGCCCACCAAAUAGCCCUGUUAGUACUCAUACCUAUGUCCCUGUAUAAAUGCUACAAUCACUUUUGGUUAGAGAAGCUUCUCUUUUCAGAUGGCGGUGGCCACUGCCUGGGGAAACUCAAUAUUCAUCCAAGUGUUGAAAAGUGACAGCGGAACAUUCGCUAUAGUAAGUGAAACAUUUCUAUCACACGCUCCGAGGCUCAGGGUCCACUGAAGAAAAGGUGGCAGAAAGAAUGUAAGCCAACAGAGCUCCAGUGGCCCAACGGGUUAGUGCACAGUGCUUACACAGAAUAUAAAAGCCAAAGGAUGGAGAAGGUUGCUUUGGAAUGCUGUCUUCCAGACACAAAGGGGAUGUUGUAUUCAUGACCUCACAGUGGCUAAUGCUGCCCACCCAAGACCUACAUCAUAUGAGGGCAAGAAAAAGAAAGAGAAUUGGUACAGCUAGCCAAUGACAAGCUCCAGAGUCAGUUAAGGGAAAAUCAGGUGGGUAAGUGAUGGAGGGGGACACUUGAUUUUUUUUUUUUUUUGUACCCGUGACCAUACUGCAUCAGCACAUGCAUGUGCAUACAACACACACACACCAUGCCACACCCACUCUGCACAAAAAUAAAAAGAAGAGAGAGAGAGGAAAAAAAAGAGUAUCAGCUGGCAUUGGCUUCUCCACGGAAUGUUCCAAAGUAGAACAGAGCAGAAAUAUAUAACAGAAAAGCCUGGAAAGAAAAAGUGUUUUGGGUUUUGAGCCA